CAAUUCACCAUGCUAACCCAACAACUUUACAAGAAUUUUGGGAAGCAGGAGAAAGAGCAUUUCAAGCAGAAAGACGUAUAAUGUUACAAAGUGGAAAAAUCAACUUUGGAAAAUUAGCUAACAUCAAAGUAACUAAAAACCCCUUUUGCACCUUGAAAAAAGAAGAGCCUACCCUAGUAUCACAUGACAAUAAUAUAAACACACCUACAACUGUCGCACCUAGUCACCUCGCUCGAAAGGCUAGGGAUACACCCCUUAAAAGCAAGAAAAAAUCCUGCAAUGGCACUCAACAUGGUGAACAAAAAAUGAUUUCCCAUGACACAAAAGUGGCAAAGAGACACACGUUAGUUGCAUCUCUCGCUAAUGCUCGCAAUGGCACCCAACAUGGUCUGGAAAACAAACCCCCAGCCACUAGCAAGUCAUAUGCAUUGGCCACUAAUGCUCAAGAUGGCAUCCAAUGUAGUGAACAAAAUAAAUUUAAGCUCAGAUUGGACAAAAAAUCUAAUAGAUCAACUAAAGAAAAAAAAAAAAAAGCCUCCAAAAAUACUAAAAUUAACAAGAAAAUAUUAAAAGAAUAUUUAUAUGCUAUUAAAAAGGAUGAUAUUAAAGAUCCAAAAAUAGAAAAAAAAUUUGAACAAUUAAGAACAAAAUUGUAUCAAAUUCAACAUCAUUACAACUAUACUUCAGCACUAGAUGAUGAUCAGUUAGAAGAAAUAUUAAAAAUGAAAGAAAAAGUAACAGGUGUAACUUAUAGAAAAGCUCAUGAAUCACAAAGAGAAUAUAUAUUUGAUUUUCUAAAUAAAAUAUCAAAUAAAAAUGAUGUAUCUAUAUUUGCAUUAAGAGGAGCUAUUAAUGAUAUGCUCAAAGAAUAUGAAAGAGAUACUAAUCUAGCAAUCACUAUUACAAGAGCAAAUAAUGCACAAAAUGAAAAAGCCAGAAAAGCAAUACAAAAUAAAUAUAGAGACUUGCUUGCAACACAAUUAAAAACAAAAGGUCAAAUGAUAAUUGAAGAAAAUAUUGAAAUGCAAUUAUCAAAAAAUCAGUCACAAAUAAAAACUAAACCACCACCUCCAAGACUAGAAUUACCCAAAACAGGAUAUAGAGAAGAACAUCAAUAUCCUGGAUCUCCAAGAUCACCACCAAAAUCACCAACAGAAUCUGAUAAAUCAUCAAUUGAUAGCAAUGCUUCUAAAAGAAAAAAAAGGUGGAUGCUAUCAAUAACUGAAAGGUUAAGACCUUUAUCCCCCACAGGAGAAUGGAAACAAGUGUUUGGAGGAUCAGAAUCCUCAAAACAACAUACUCAUAGCCCCAAACAACCAUCAAGCUUAAGAAACUCUGUAGAUUUUACAAAUACUCCUGACAUAGUAUUACCAACAUCAAUUCAAAACAAUCAGCAAAUAAGAAAUCCAAAAUGA